AUGGGCGGCACUGCUACGAACAAGAUCCGGAACGAGGAGUUCAAGUUAUGGAAGAAAGCGGUACCUUCGCUGUACCAGCACAUCUCGACUUUCAAGCCAUCGUACACGACGCAGUUUGAGUCGGUCGAAAAAAUUCCGAAGGUGGUAGCGUUCACUCACAAAAUAGCACCAGAUCGAGACAAUGGCACCAUGACGGCGUCGAUGCUGUGUUCCCAGGGUAGCGAUAUCUACGAAGUCGAGUUCCAGUUGCCGCUCGGCUUGCAAUCUACCAGUGAGAACUUGAAGGACCCGCAGUACGGCGCUGGGUUUGCACGGGCAUCGCAAACCGGGAAUGCGGAGCCCAAAUGGACCUACCAGGGCGAGACCAUUACAAAACUGGAAUAUGUGGGCGGUCCGCACGCCGAUGCCGUGGUGAUGACCGCUAGCGGGUCCCUGGCGUGGUUCAAAGAAGAUUGCAAAGUGCCUGUGUAUGUGAUGGAAGAGCUAGUCGGACCCUCAACGAGUUUUUCUCGAAUUCACAACCAAAGUCAAAGCAGCAGACCAAACGCGGACUUCGCAGUAUCAGAAAACGUCGAGACUUUAGUGAAAUCCCAGCCGAGCGCAUCAUCCGGCUCUGGGGAUGACGAACACAGUCUCUUGAAAAUAGUCGACAAUGCGCAGUCGCCCGGCCAACUGAUCCGAACCAUUGCCAUACCGAAGACUUCUGUUACUCCAGUGAUACGAUUUCAUGACAACCACAUGUUCAGCACUUGCUCGGACGAUAGUACGGUGAGGUUCUUCGACGUGAGGGGGGAUGGCAAACCACUUUGGUCAAUGACAGACCCACACGAUGGCAAACUUGGGUGCUUGGAUGUGUCGCCGGUCCUGGAGACCUUAUUUGUUACUGGAUCUGAUACUGGCACUUUGAAGCUAUGGGACCUCAGAACAAUAGUAGCCUGUAAUGAGACUAAAGAGGAGCCUAAAGAAAUUGCGAAGCUAUAUCAUUCUGCAGCCGACCCGGUAGUUGACGUCAAAUUCGGGACUUCCUCGCCCACAGAGUUUUUGUCCGUAGGUGGUUCUGGAAAUGUUUACCACUGGGAUCUGGAGCCCAUUUUCGUGCGAGAAAACGACGAAGACGACGAAAUGGUUGACCAAGAAGAGUUGCAGCAGCAGUGUCUGAAAUUCAUGCACACCGGCGGCGGGAGAAGGUUUGCAGAUAAUUACAAUCAGCGAGAAACAGUAGCAUGGCACCCGAUCAUAAGCGGUCUCGUGGGAUGUGUUGACCCAGAUGGUCUUUUGACUGUCUACAAAGGAUUUUACGGCAGGGAACAAGAAUCUGGAUCCCUAAGCGAGAACGAGGAUGAGGCCUGA